GGUGGUCGGGGUCUAGUCGAGUGCGCGUGGACAAUACGAGGCCGACAAUCGCUUUCUGUUCGCAUCUCCUCAGUACAAUAGAUCCACAUGGUCGCGCACGCGGAUGUCGGGCGCUAUCCCUCUCUCACUCACUCUCACUCACCGAAAGUACGCGAUGCUACCGUUGGUCGGAUCGGCUGGAAUCAGACAUGGCUCGCACACGAACCCCGUGAUAAUGCGACGACGACGUGCGUGAUCCCAAAUAAUGACAAUCUAGUGUUUGCGACAACAGCGUGGUGGAGAACGACAUGUCGAGGUGGACAUGGCUUGGCGGGAGGCUUCUCCCGCGCGCUUCAGCCCUGGCCGGAGCCUCUGCCAUCGACGAUUGGCUGUACUUUGCCUCGACCCGCACCACAUCACUUGCAGAUCGCUUUGUUUUGGACACGUUCAACGUGGGCAACUUUCUUCUUUGCAUGGUGUAGAAUCGACACUCGCGAACAAGAGUCUUGUUCAUUGCAAGCGUCUGUUCUUGUCUACCGUCGCUUGCUCGGGACCUCCCUGCUGUACCGAGCGAUCGACAUGGAUGACAUCAACGCCAACCGACAUCCACGCGUGUGCAGCGCACCACGUAUAUGAGCAAACCGGGUUACCACCUGGACAUGUACAAACCCGUAAAGGGUCCAGAUAGUAGUUCCAGUUUUCGUGACAGGUUUCAUGACGCGCAUCUUGUUGGUGGUUUGUAUUACUGUUGUUUGGAUCAAGGGGUUGUUUCGCACCAUUCCAAGGUUACCACUGCGGCAGAAGC